CAAUGUGGUUAACCCAACAUCUGUCUCCGCCUCCUCCAUCCCUCUAUCCGGGUCACCUGGCCCAUGUCCAACAUCAGUUCACCGCUCCUACUAUCCGCCAUCUUGCCAGCUUCUCCUAAUUAGCAUAGACUAAUCUUACAAUCAGCAGUCAAAGUAAGAUAAAUGAGGUAUAUGAAUAAAGAAAAUGAAUGUAUAAAUAAAAAAACGACUAAUCACAAGUCUGAACGUGUCCCAGGUGAACUCUGGACCUAAGGGAUGCAGAGCACCUCUAGCUAAGUCCUUGUAGCCCAUUAGCUCCGAACAUGGGUUUCAUAACUGUCCGUUUCAUAACUGUUACAUCAGACAGUGUGGGGGAGGGGGGAACACAAACACGAAAACGCAUCCACACAAAAUGUAGAGUGUUAUCUUCAAGCUACACCUUUGGUCCCCUUAUCAGAAGGGGUCUAAACCAUUCAAGAAUAAAUACGUUGUGUGUGUCCAUGUUGAUGGUGUGUGUUUGUUCGUGUGCGUGAAAGAAAACGACCAACGGUUGGCCGUGGGCUACGGUUGGACCUCCACCAGCGCGCGCACCAGGUCCCGCUGAGCCGCUAACAACCGCCGCAUCUACAAGGCGGUGUUUUCUACUCCGGCCCCCCCCUCCCGUCAUGGAUCUGAGGUCCGCCCUCCUGGCUGUCGGAGGGUCCGUGUGCUCCUUCAAACUGGUCCACACGCUGCUCGGAGGCCUGCAGGCGCCGCCCAGAGAGGGCCACCGAGCCUGGAGACAGCGCAACAUCGGCACGUCGCUGGCUCACAGCUCGCUGUCAGGGGCAUGGGCGGCGCUGUGCUUCUGGUGCCAUCCUCAGAUGGCAGAAGACCUGAUCUCCACUCACACCAGGUUCUCCUUCAGCCUGGUCACCCUGUCUACAGGUUAUUUCAUCUAUGACGCCCUGGAUCUGCUCCUUAACCAGUCGUUCAAGCGGUCGUGGGAGGUCCUCCUUCACCACGCAGUGGUUGUUUCCUGCUUCAGCCUGGCCAUCAGCUCCCGCCUCUACGUGGGCUUUGCUGUCCUGUCUCUGCUGGUGGAGAUCAACACUGUGUUCCUCCACAUCAGGCAGCUCAUGCUCCUGUCUGGCUGGCAGAACCGGCCAGCAGGAGGCAGCGCCCCCACCACCGACCCUCCCCGGCCCACGCCUGCUUUCCGCCUGACCAGCCUCCUCAACCUGGCCACGUUCUUGGUGUUCCGGUUGUGUACGCUGGGCUGGAUGACUCGGUGGCUGGCCGCACAAGCGGGGCAAAUUCCUCGGUUCGCCCACACGCUGGGAACGGUGGGCUUGGGCGGCAUCACUGUCAUGAACGUGGUUCUUCUCUAUCGGUUGCUCCGCGCGGAAGUGCUGACCGACACACGAACCUCCGGAAAGGACCACUAGAGGGCGCUGUUCAUGCGACGGAACCUCCGGCCUAUUUUCACUCAGACGACCCUCCCAAUGAAAUGGUCAUCGGUCACGUUCGACCAGCGUUUACAAUAGACUCUUACUCUUGACACAAUAACUUAAUUACCUCAAUUAAUAUUUACAAUUAAACUGCAGAAUUAUUGUGUGAAAUAGCUCUUUAUUUAUCAGAGUGACAUGCCCAUCAUGGGAUGUUUCCGAAAUAUUAAUAUCAUGAAAAUCCAAAAAGAAAA